CGGAUCCCUAGCCAGUGAGAUUUUUCGAGACCAAGAACACCCCGGUGUUGACGCCCCGUCACUUCCAGAGACCUUCCAGGGCCCCCCCAUACGCCUCACUACUAGCGUCGUCAAUGCCAUCGUCAUAUGCCAAUGCUCGCGUCAACUCGGCGUGGGGCAGCGAUGAAUUGUUGCACCUGGUUGAGGCCUGGGAGGAGGUGGUGGACGACCCCAAAGACCGUCUCCUGCUCUCCACGGGGGAGCGCGCCACGCUACACGCGCGUUUCUGCGCCAUCACGAGCUCGAACAAACGCAGUUUGUCGUCGGUCACUCGCCAACACCAUCGACUGUGCACGUCGUACCGCCUCAUUGUGGCCACCAACAAGAAAAGUUUGAAAAAAGGCACCCCUGGGUGGUUCGAUCUGUCGGCAGCCGAGCAGCACGAACUGCGUCGGGUGCACAAUAAGAAGGAGAAGGGGAUGACUAUCGUGAGUCCCGAACUCUUUCGCAGACUCGACCGCAUCUGCGGCGGCACGGGGGGCUCUACAACGCAAAAGACGAAGAAGGAACCGAAACACUUGAAACGCAACAAGAAAAGCGUCGAACCGGAGGAAGAAGCGGAUUCUACUGAUACUCCAAAAAACGCGUGGACGUCACGUGAUUGGGCGUUGUUCGUAGACGCCUGGCAAGAAGCUGUGGACGAUUUCAUCGACUACGGGAACGAACCAGACGAGAAGGUUAAGUUGCCCAACUGGUUGAUCCGACAGAAGUUCGUGGCACUUGGAGGGCCGCAAGAUACGACGGUGGGGUCCAUUACGGCCAAGAAGCGGUGUAUCAUUCAUUCCUACAACUUCAUCCGCCAAUGCGUGACCCAGUUGGAAGCGCUGGACGGAUCGGACUGGUUCGACCACACGUUUAACGAACGAUUCCGCUUGCAACGGAAGCUCGUGAGCCCCAAAUCCAGUCAACGUGUGGGCUGUGAGAUCGACCGGGAGACGUACCAUAAGAUAACCAGUGUCCUCGAGAAGGAGGAGGUACUGGGAAGGGUGACGGUCUCCGGUCAUAAACGGAAGCGAGACCAUACGAAAGCUCGCAAUCCGUCGAUAACGUCCGAGGAAUCGGAAGAGUCUGCCCCUCGAUCGCCCAGUCCUUCGCGUUCUGGUGACGAUGAAGUGUCUGAUACUGAGGAUUCAGAGCUCAAAAGUCCGGUUGCUGGGGUGUACGAGGAGGAAUCGCAAGUUGAUGAACAAGUUGUGGAAGCCUUACUGGAGGCUCAAAAUGCUCGUUUCGAGCAACUUAUGCACGACUUGCGUGAAGAAAGAAUGGAGGAACGCAAGCAAAACCAAGCGAUGUUACUGGAGAUCCUGCAUCAACGCAACCCGCCGGAAGACCCCAAUGUUAAUGUGCCGUUCAUGGAGUCACUAAUCGGAAAACAACAGGAGCAACUCAUGAUGUUAUUCGCACAGAUGCACAAGGAGCGACAACAGGAGAGAGAAGAAUUCCACGCAAUGCUACGUCAACUAUAUGCCCGCCCAUAGUGAAGUGUAGUGCUAAUUUCUUUUCAGAUAAGUACAUGAAAUUUUUUCGUAUUUUACCGU